AUGGCGCCUCGUGGACCCGGUCGGGGACGUGAGAGUGAUCGUACUAGUACCCAGGAACCGGAAAUCAACCCGAAUAACCCGGUAAACCUUAUGGCGGCGUUGGAGAAUAUGGCUGCUACUAUGCAGGCCACUGCGGAGGCUUUUGGGCAACAGAUAAACAAUAAUGCAUCGCAUUGGUGGCAAGGGGCUCGACGUCUCCUGCAGCAGGGGAAUGAUCCUAUCACCUGGGGUGCCUUCCAAGUGGAGUUUUAUAAGAAGUACUUCCCGAAUUCUGCUAGAACGGUCAAGGAACUUGAAUUACUUCAGCUGAAGCAGGGUAUAAUGUCCGUAUCUGAGUAUACGGAUAAAUUUGAGGAGUUAUUCAGAUUUUCUCGUAUGUGUCAAGGAACCCCGGGAGACUUCAAGGAAUGGAAGUGUAUUAAGUAUGAGGGAGGACUUCGAAGUGAAAUCCUGAGCUCCGUUGGACCGAUGGAGAUUAGGGUCUUCUCUGAACUUGUGAACAAGAGUCGUAUUGCUGAAGAAUGUGUGAGGAAGGCUGUUGAGGCAAAGAAUGACCGUCGGGAGUCCCGCCGCAGGGAGCACAAUCAAGAAUACCCAACAAGGGGUCAAGAGUUUAAGAGAAGAGGAUACCCACAACGUUUUCCUCAAAGGCGAAAUGACUUUGCGACGAGUGAGGAGUCCCAAAGAAACGGUAAGGGAAAACGGGCAGCGGCUGCUUCUGAUGUUUCGAGCUAUCAGAGAUGUGGAAGUCAUCACCUAAAUAGGCCGUGCCGAUUGGGGUUAGGCGUAUGUUACAAGUGCGGGUUACCAGGGCAUGUAUCAAGAAAUUGCCAACAAGAAGAGAGUCUGGAUGCGGACCGAUUGCGACAGUAA